UAGAAAAUAUUAUUUACCGCUAAAAAUUUUUCGAUCAUUGUAAAUGAUUUUUGGAAGUGAAAAUUAGUUAUUAGACAAACCUAACGGCGCUGGGUCGAAGCAACAAAGUUUCUACACUAAUGUUUAGUAAUAAUGGCGGCUGAAGAAAGGUCGCAUCUAUCGUACGAAUCAGAAAACAGUUUGAAUAAAUUCUACGAAGAUGAAGCUUACAAAUCCCGUCAUUACAAAAAGAGGCUCCUUUUGGGAUACACACAGUGUGAUUUGAACAAUACUGCACAUGAUGCGCACGAAAAGAAAGCUCUUGGAUAUAAUGAACCAAACUUUAAAUUGGUUGAUUUAACAAGAUUUAAAGCUGAUCCAUAUCAUCAUUACUUCAAAAAUAGUAAUAAUCUAUUUAUCAGAAGAUCGGAGAAACGUAAACUCGUCAAUUGUGACCUCAAUGUGGAGGAGACUUUGAGCAAUCAUCAGUACAAGGUAAUUCGGAUUGAAGGUGAAUUACAAUGUGGAGCGGAAGGGAUAUCUGGAGAUUUUCAUACAAGCCUAGAAGGUGCCAACUGUUCCACGAUAGAAAUCCGACAUUUUGGACACAUGGAUGACGAAGUGCCUUUGAACUUAGCCAUAAACAAACGCCUACCUGCACCGGAAGAUACCUGUGAAGAACCCCCAUUAGAUGCAAAAAUUCCGUCUACAGAAAAUGACGGAGAAUCACCAACCCUCACUGAUUAUACAUCGCACAAUAUCACAGAAUUAUAAUAUUGCACAGUGAGAGUGUUGCCAAAAAGUUAUAAUUAAUUAACUAAUAAUUAAUAUUUUUAUUGUUUAUUAUACUUUUUUUUAAAUUUUACUUUAUUAUUUAAAUUAA